UCGGCCCGCCCGUCCCAGCCUGAGCAUGGCCGGGUUCGCCGACCUGAACCUGCCGCAGGGGGCCGACAAGAAGUCCCUGCAGAGCCUGCUGGAGGCCGCGGCGCACUUGGGAUAUUCUGCAGUUGCUCUUAAUCAUGUCAUCGAUUUUAAAGAAAAAAAACAGGAAAUCAUCAAGCCAGUAUCUCCUUCAGAGUUGUUUCCAUCUUUGCCUAUUGUACAAGGGACAUCUAAAAGAAUUAAAGUCUUAACCCGGCUAACACUUGUUGUUUCUGAUCCAUCCCACUGUAAUCUCUUGAGAUCAACAUCUGCAAAUAUAAGGUUAUAUGACAUGAUAGCAGUAUUUCCAAAGACUGAGAAACUGUUCCAUAUUGCUUGCACAACUCUAGAUGUGGAUCUGGUGUGCAUAAAUGUUACAGAAAAGCUGCCAUUCUACUUCCGAAGACCCCCUGUGAAUAUGGCAAUAGAUCGAGGCAUUUACUUUGAACUUCUUUACACGCCUGCCAUCAAAGACUCCACAAUGAGAAGAUACACAAUUUCCAAUGCGAUCAGCCUGAUGCAGAUCUGCAAAGGAAAGAACAUAGUUAUAUCUAGUGCAGCUGAAAGGCCUCUAGAACUACGAGGUCCUUAUGACGUGGCUAAUCUAGGUUUGCUGUUUGGCCUGUCAGAAAGCGAAGCGAAGGCAGCCGUGUCCACCAACUGCAGAGCCACCAUGCUUCAUGGAGAAACUCGGAAGACUGCCUGUGGGGUGGUGUACACGGUGAAGAAGCCUCGCAAGGUUGAGGAGGAAGAAACAACAGUACCAGCCUGCAAAAAAGCUAAGACUCAAGCUUGAGGACUGAAACAACUGUCAACAGGAGCCUCUUCUUUACCCAGUGUUGAGUCUUCCUCCACCCUCCAGCCCAAUUCCUCCCUUACUACUUUGUUUAGCCUGGAGAAGAAUUAUUCCUCUGAUGUUCAAGUGAGGAAAGCUGUGUGAAUGAGACUGCUGAAUGUUAGUUCACCACAUCUGAAAGGUCAUGCUGGGCUUCUGGCCAGGAGACCAACUCUUCACCUGGCCUUAGGUCUCCUGGAAUUAGUGCAAAGUCAAUGGAACAUUUCUAACAUGGAAAUUUUCACUUGUACAUGUUCAUUCCUUUUUUAUUAAAAGUGUUUCUAAGAACACACGCCUUCAUAGUCUAGCUCUUACAGUUUCUUAAGUUUUAAACACGUUUGUACAACUGCAAACCAGUAGAUGAAGUUUACCUUCAAUGACCUGUGAAGAGAUAAUACUGCAGUAAAAAAAAAUCUGCUUCCCAUUCCAUUUUGUGAUCAGUGGCUCUAAUGAAGAUCCCAGGAUCUGUCAAUUGCUAGGAGGUAUCUUGGAUUUGUGUUACAGUAGGAGUGACUGACCUGACCUGCCAGAUUUACAUCCCAAAGGCCAUCUGUGUCCUGCAGCACUUUAAACCAGGCAGUAACAUUAGAUGGUUACCAGAGAUGGGAAGGAAGAGCCCAAGGUUACACUGAAUGUGUGCUCAGCAUGGAGUGUCUCAGUUGCAGUGUAAGAGCUGUGUCACCUAGACCUGAGCAGUCUCCACGUCACAUCGUCUUUACUGCGUCAUUUCCUUCUUUAUGGCCUGUUCUGGAAUUGUUGUCUGUGCACGUGUUCAUUUUGCUGCCUCUUGCCUUUCCUUCCUUCAGUACCUCAGUAAACCUGAUCUGGCUGCCAAAAAACCAAUCGUAAUAGAUUUAUAAUCAGCAGAGCAUUUUCAGAGCUCUUCCAAAUGUUGACUGAAGUUUUUCUUGUGAUUAAACUAAUAUAAAAAUUA